ACCACGGGCUCUGAUCCGGUUCUGCGGCCGUGACAAAAGUUUGACUGUGAGAAGAUGCUGCUCCGCUUCCUCACGCGCUGCUCCGGAUCCAUCUCCUGAGAAUUAGCUGCGAUCCUGCGCGUGUCUGGUCGUCGGAGCCAGUUUGGACCAACUGAGGGAUUUUUUUUUUAUUCUCGCACAUCGUCACCAUCAUCAUCAUCAUCUUCAUCAUCAUCACCAUCUCUCGCCCAGGAUUGAAUCAUGUCUCGCUCCGUAAUGGACUUCCUCGGACUGUACUUCUUGCAGCUGGCUCUCAUCGGAGUCCCCCGGGUGGUUCUGUCUCUGGGCGGCCGGGACUGUCUUCGUGCUGGAGACACCUGCUCCAGUGACGACACCUGCAGCCCGCGGCUCCGCACCCUGCGGCAGUGUGUGGCCGGGGACGGCAGCGUGAAGCUGGGCCCCGGGGCCCGGAGCCAGUGUGAGAACGCCAUGACUGCUCUGCUGUCCACGCCGCUGCACGGCUGCCAGUGUAAACGAGGCAUGAAGAAGGAGAAGAACUGCCUGAGCAUCUACUGGAGCCUGCACCAGUCGGUGCUGCACGGUCUCAGCCUGGUGGAGAGUUUCCCGUACGAACCGGAGGAGAGAGGCUCCGACUACGUCCGCCUGGCCUCCAUCGCUGCAGAAUCCGAGGUGACGACGGUGAACCGCUGCCUGGACGCGGCCAAGGCGUGUAACAUCGACGAGACGUGUCAGAAGCUGAGGACGGAGUACGUGUCCUCCUGCAUCCAGCCCUCCGCCCGCUCGGGGCCGUGCAACCGACCCAAGUGCAACAAGGCCCUGAGGAAGUUCUUCGACCGCGUCCCCCCCGACUACACCCACGAGCUGCUGUUCUGUCCCUGCACCGACACGGCCUGCUCCGAGCGCCGGAGGCAAACCAUCGUGCCCUCCUGCUCCUACGAGGACAAGGAGAAGCCCAACUGCCUUGCUCAGCUGCGCAUCUGCAAGGCGGACUACGUGUGCAGGUCUCGCUGGGCACAGUUCCAGUAUGACUGCCAGCCCUCGGAGCCGAGCGGCAGCGGCUGCAAGCAGGAGAACUACGGAGCGUGUCUGCUGGCGUACACCGGCCUGAUAGGAAGCACGAUAACACCCAACUACCUUGACAACUCCACCUCCAACGUGGGGCCCUGGUGCUCCUGUGCAGCGAGCGGGAACCACAGGGAGCAGUGCAACGACUUCCUGACGUUCUACCACGACAACGUCUGCCUGAAAAAUUCCAUCCUGUCCUUCGGAAAUGGAUCGGAUGUGAAGACGGGGGCCGGUCAGCCCGGGAUGCCGAGUCCGGCGACAGACGUCCAGAGCCCGAUCUCCUCAACCAGCGCCCCGGGUGUCUCCAUGGAACCAGAGCAGAACAUCCUGCGAGCACAGAUUCCCACUCAGGUCAACGAGAACGGCAGAUUGUGGGACGACGAGGGCGACUCCACUCCUCCGUCCCCGGGCCUGUCGGACGGCGGCUCCGAGCCGGUCCACCCGACCCGGCUGCUCGGCCUCGGCUGGCUGCUGCUGCUCGCCGCGCUGCUGAUCUCCGACUAG